GUACGUCACUUGUCGCGUGCGAUUUAAAUCUCCGUGUCGAGAUCCGGAAUUGCCGUCGUCGUGAAAAUGGGCAAGACGAGAGGCGUGCACGAGACUACUCCGGAGUUGAGGAACCGGAUGGUGGGAAUGUAUGAGGCGGGUCUGGGUCUGCGAGAAAUCGCCGCUGCCGUCAAUUGUUCGCAACGCACAGUGAAAAGGUGGCUGAAUAGAUUCGAUAAGGAAGGCACUGUGGAGACACGGGAGCGGUGUGGUCGCAAAAGAGCCACUACCACAGAACAGGAUGAGGCGAUCAUUCGUCUCGCUACACAAACGCCUAUAACAGCAGCUAAAGCAGUGCUUCCUGCACUAGGACUCACCUGUUCGGUGGAUACUGUAAGAGAGAGGCUGCAUAAAGCCGGGAUUCACAACUGGAGUCCUUCACGCAAAUACAUGCAGAGGAUUCCGCUGGGCAGUGAUGCCGAUGGCGCAGCGAUUCAGCAGGCAGUUUGGCGGCCGACUGGCACUCAGUUAGGCAAGAAGAAAACCCCGAAGGACUCGAACAAGUCAGAGAAAAACAGUGCCGUGGUUAAGAAGAAGAAUCCACCAAAGAAAGUCAGAGUUCGAGACCUGUACGUCGGUGACGGCGCUCCGGCUGAUAGUCUAAAGUCUAAUCAGAACGCUGAGCAGCAGCAGCAGCAACAACAACAACAGCAACAUCAGCAACAACCGCAAAGUUUCGUAUUUCCUCAGCAGAAUCUCCCUCCACCUCCUCCCGCUCCUCAGGCGGAGAUGCAGCCGCCCACACAGCCACUGCCGACGACCCAGACGGAGUUCGGUAACGCGUUGAGUUUAGUGCAGCAACCACAGCCCAUCUACCAACAUCCGGGGCUGAAUAUUGUACAGAACUGGCCGCUGGACCUAGUGCAAGGCAGUCAUCAUUACCCACAGGGACAACCAAAUCCGAUACCUCACGAACAACCUCCGCCGCAACAGCAGCUGCAGGAGUUGCACACGCAGCAAGAGCAGCAGCAGCAACAGCAACAGCAACAACAGCAGCAUCAUGCACAGCAAGUGCAGCAACAAGUCCAGCAGCACGUACAGACGCAGGUGCAAUCGCGUUUGCAGAGCCAGCCGCAUCAGCAGAAUACUCAGUCUCACCAUCACAAUCUUGACCAAACGCAGCUGCAAGCGGUGGAGCAUCAGGUGCAACAGCAGCAGCAGCAGCAGCAGCAGUCGCACUUGCAGUCUAACAUACCUAGUCCGGAGGCGAGCGCGAACAUAGGUUCGGAGAAUUCGAAUACUUGCAGUUCCAAUGAGAACAGCCAAUCGUCCUGUGAGGGACAGCAGAGCAAGGGAUCGUCGUCGAGGAAGAUCAGAGGCGGCAAAUCGGAGACGGAACGGCAGAAAAAGAAAAAAAAAGGCGGCAAGGCGAAGGGGACGCUAGAGACCAGCGUGGAGAUCAGGAAUCGCAUGAUCGGAAUGUCAGAGGCCGGACUGUCCACCUUGUCCAUCGCGCUGGCGAUAGAUAGAUCGGAACGUACUGUUAAAAGAUGGCUAGAACGUUGGCAUAAGGAAGGCAAUGUACAGACGAAGGAACGAAAAGGCCGACGUCGAAUCACCACCAAGGAGCAGGAUGAGGCAAUCGUUGCGAUGGCGACGCAGCAUCCUCUCACUGCGGCGAAAUACGUAGCGCCCGCGCUAGGUUUGAAGUGCAGCGUGGAUACGAUUAGAGAGAGGCUUCACAAGGCCGGCAUACACAGCUGGAAAUUAGGAAAGAAACAAGGGGAAGGAAAUGCAGUCCACACUGUUCACCUGUGGCAGCCGAGCGGGAACCGACCCAACAAGCCGAAAAUGCCCGGAGACAAGAAGAAGAAGGGCACCGGCGGUAAGAAACGCGAUUCGACGACGAACAGCGGUCAAAAACAACGUAUUGUGCGGAAAAAGAAAAACGAUUCAGCACCGCUAAAGACGACUCCACCUCCGGCAAACAUGAUGCCAGAACAGCCCACGUUGUCAUUCCAUAAUCCUGGAACCAUGACGAAUUACGUCUCCGGUCCUAACAUAAUGCAGCCGGUGCACAAUCUCAGCGCACCGCCGCCAACACUGCCGCAACCGCAACCACCUCCGCCACCGGCGCCGCAGCCGAUGCAGCCGAUGGGUCCGAUGAUGCAGCAGAGGCCGGACUGCAGACUAGCGCAGAGUAUAGUUCCACCAGUAUCAGGUCCUAGCAAUUCCGGAGUCGCCUAUCCGUCGUGCAUGGUUGGGAACAGCGGUCACACCGGUCACAUGGAACAGACGGACCCGCUCAACUAUGAACCGUACAUCUGGAGUUUCUAAAUGUCGAUUAGAACGACAUAUCGUCUCGUGCAGACAGUAUGAACUGUUUCACAUCAUGAUUCUUGUGUGAUCUGACUUACGCGUAA